AGUUGAAUACUUGAAUACUGCACACUGACUGUUUUGUGUUCCAUUUCAACACAUUUGUUGUUUACUUCAAAACUACUAAACUGAAAUGGGAAAUUAUCUUGAAAGCUCUUCAGAAGAAUUCAAUGAAGCUGCUUGGCAUUCAAGUGAGGAAGAUUUCAGUGUCAAACUUACAGUUUUAAGAGAUGCAAUGAUUCAAUUACGAGUUCAGUUUCUACAUUUUCAAAGUAUUUUCUAUCAUCAGAAUAAAGCCAAAAUUGAGCACGAAAAGAAGUCACUCAAUGUUAUAAUUAUAGUCGUUCAAAACCAAAUUGACGAUAUAAAGCUGAUAGUUGGAGAAUAUUUCAAAAUCAAGAACCUCCAGAUGUUGAAGACAAUUAUUGAUAGCUUUGAGUAUACAUUGAAUAAAAUAGCAUUCGAAAUAAGCAAAGCAAAAGGCCAAAAUUUUUUCAUCGAGAAGGUAGAGAAACUAAUCAACAAUCUCAAUCCAUUCGACGUGCCAAUUUACGAAAAUAUUCAAGGCGUCGUAUUAGAACUGAAUACUCAAGUUUCAUCAAUGGGAAAUAUUCCUGAAAAACUAGAAAUUAAAACGCAAAGGGAGACUUUUCAACUCGAAGAAGAAAAUGAGAUCAGAAUGGAUAAUUGUAGAAUGAUGAGUGGUCAAGCUAAAAUUUACAAAAUCUUCCGAAAAUCGGUUGUUCUUUUCGUGAAUUAUCUUGAGGAUGAGCAAACUUUAUCUACAAUACAAUCACUCAAUGAUAAUCAAAUUGAAUACACUAUAUUUGAUGUUUCCACAGAUUCUGAAAUUCGAUUUAUUUCAAAAGCAUUAUCAGAUUGUGAAACCUUCCCUCAGCUGUUCGUUGAUGGAGCUUUUGAGCCAUUGCCAAUUCUGAAAAAUCUUCUUCCGAAGCUUCCCAAGGUCUACACAAUGAAUUGAGCAUCACACAAUUUCUAAGCUAUAUGUAUAUGUAUUGUUUAUUUUUUAUUAUCAAUUUAAAAUAAAUUUUUUCAAAAA